AUGUGGGCCACAGUGGGCAGUGAAUGUUCAGUUGUCCUAUUAGAUCAUGGCACCACGGAGGUGGUUUCUCUGGACUGCAUCAGAGAGCUCUGCACAAAGCUUCAGCAGAUUCCCAAACAGGCUGUUCUGUGCAAGUGGAAUGGCUUUGGUUGCCACAUUGAAGGUGCUUAUGAGACGUUAAAGAAAACACUCAACCCCUUUGUGGAGCAGAAUAUUGAACUCCUGUUUGUAUCAUAUUCUGAAGCCUCCCAAAUCUGGGUUGUGGAAAUCACGAUAAAUGGGGUUUUCCUCCAACAACCCAAAAAAACGUAUUGUCUUAAAUGCAGUGGGAAGGACAGAAUGUAUUCAGCCUGUACUCACAGUAUAAUAAUGGACAAACUACCUGUGGAUGAGUCCAUUUUUGCCCAGAGACUGUCCUUAGCACCUGUGGAAUUAGAUUUGGGACACACAGGUUUUGCAGCAGCAGUUACUGCUCCAUGUGAUUUCCAUAUCGUGCUUGAAGAUAUGCUUCUUUUCAUGAGUAUGGUCGCCACAAUCCUCGAGACUCUUCCGGAGGACUUGGAUUCAAUGCCCGAAGCAGUGUUGGUUCCAGGGACAGGUUGCUUAGUAAAGUGUGAAACAAAAAACAAAUGGUGUAGAGCAGAGAUUGUUCAUGUUGACAGCAUAUCUGUGGUGAUGAACCUUGUAGAUUAUGGACAUUGUACGCGCUUGCCCUGUACACGCCACGAUCAGCUAAAAAGGCUUCCAGAGGAACUGGCCAAGUUGCCAAAAGUGACUUACCCUUGUGUUCUGAGAGGAGUGACGCCUGCUGGGGGGGAUGUCUGGACUGACGAAGCAGUUGUGUUCUUUCAGGAGCGCAUCUGUGAAAAGAGCCUUCUCAUCUACUUCAGACAGGAUGUUUCGGAGACUCAGUGCGAAGUGGACAUUGUGUCGGGUGGUGUAAAUGUCGCCGUGGAGUUGGUUGCUGCUGGACACGCCACUUACAUUGACAGCAUUCUUGGACUCGGACUGCAACAAGGGCAAAGCCCCAUCAGAGCUCCACUGAAGUUCGUCCCCAGGAUUGUCAGGAACACCAUUAAAUUUGAACCUGAACCACAGCCUGCAGAGGCAAAAGAUGCUUUGGUCCUGGCCGAAUUGGAAUUGGACAGAAAUGCACACAGACCAGAAUAUGCUGACCAGGGGAAUCGCCAAACAACUGAUGAUUUCAAGAGCCAGAUGUCUGAUGAGGCAAAGGCAAGGCAGAGGGGGGAAGAAGCUUCUGCCGAUGAGCAGUUCAGUACUGAAAGAACCACGAGACUGACUGAACAAAUCCCAGCAAAGGGAAAGUGUAUUCAGAUGUGAUUUGCGUUCAUUCAGGUCCUGGUUGAUUUGUGAUGUUUGCUGGGACAGCAGGAAGUGUGAGAAGAAUCCAGACAAUGCAUGUCAAUGCAUUUCAUCUGCAUUCAUGUGAAGAUUGUAAUUGACUAUGUCACGUGUAUAACAGUUAAAUUGGUUAUAUUGUUUUCCUUUUGAAGAAAAAAAUACCGUCAUUAUAUUUGACCUAAAGGCACUUCAAGGUAAAUUUCCAUGUUUUGUUUUUACCCAUGGUUUAUUUGCAUGUACGAAUUUACAUACGGGUUUAAGUGGGGUGACUUGCCUAUACAGUAUUUUAUGAUGAAAAUGGCCUGCUUUCAGUAUUUAUAGUCUGUAUUUUUAGACUAUUAUAAAAUCUAUAUCAUGUGUUAGUCAAGAAAAACAACUCAUCCAAAACCCAAACUCUCAUUCUCAUGUGUGAAAUGUUUCUUCUGACGUAUUUACAAAUACAUGACACAUGCUGAUGAAAACAUAAAAUGAACAUAAAAAUUUUUUUCAAAAGUGCGCUUAUCAAUACUGAAUGACAAAGACUUAUGUUUUGCAGUUUUUUUUGUUCUGUCCUCGGUUUUGUAAGAACUACACCCAUUUGGGAUUAUUUCUGCACGUAUUCCUUUAUUUACAUUUGAACUGAACUGUUUUUGGACAUGUUAAUGUCA